ACGAGGGCGCUGACAAUCAGCUGCUUUGGAAUCAGUCGACAAGUGUAAACACGAAAACAAUCUGAUCGAGUCGAUUAAAGAAAACAAAUUCAUUCGAUAUCUCUCAGUGUGAUGAUAAAAAGAGCGUCGAUGGACAGAAAUCGUUGCCUUGGAAGCUGCUUGAAUUUCAAUUUUUACGAUGUUCAGCUUUUGUAAAAAUAGAGCGUGUCAUUGUCUUCGACGAUGGAGCAAUACGAGCGCAAAACUGCCGAGUUCGAGGACUUCGCCAGGUUUCACAUACAAUCGAGAAGUUUUUUACGACAAUUUUGUGGAAUUUAUAAAGCUCGAUUAGCCACGCUAAAACCUAAAGCUCUUAAAAGAGCCAUUGUCAAAUGGGGUAAAUGUAAAGUUUUACAAAUUGUUGAUUUAACCAAAGAGGAAUAUGAAGGAGUACAGUGUGCAAUAUUUGGUACAUUAUAUAAACAUCAAGAGCUUAAACCAUCUGUAUUAAAAACAAUUUCUGAAGAGUUGCAAGCUGUGCCUCAACCACCAAGACUAAAUUUUUGCUCUCCAAAAGAUUCUGUGUAUUUAGAAGAUGAUGUAUCAAGAAUUAAAUUAUUUGGUGGUUUAGAGCCAGAAACUUUAGUAACAGGAUUAGUAUGUGGGGUUCUUGGUCAUGUCUCAAGUGAUGGAUGUUUCUGGGUAGAUGAUUUCUGUUUUCCUGGACUAUAUUUGAGUCCUUUGCUGACAACUCCUAGUAGUAGCACCAAUAAUUAUGGAAAAUUUAUAUUAUUUCUCUCUGGACUAGAUUUUGUUAAUCUAGCCGACUGCAUGGCCUUACAAUUAUUUAAAGAAUGGCUCUGUGGAAUGUUGGGAAAUGAAACUAUUCAAAAAGAAGCAGCAGGCAUUGUUCGCAUUAUAAUUGCUGGGAACAGUGUCAGAGGCUCAGCAGAAACUUUUGAUAGAAAAGGAUAUUUUGAAAAUAAAAAUAAAGAUAAAAAAUUUGCAAGUGAAGCUCAGCUAGCAGUUCAUAGAUUAGAUAAAUUUUUAAGCCAUAUUACACAAUCUUGUAGUGUUGUGCUGAUGCCUGGAGAGUUUGAUCCAUCGUGUCAUUCAAUUCCACAGCACCCAAUGCAUCGAAACAUGUUUCCAUUAACUUCCAAGCAUGGUCAUUUGCAUGGAGCAACCAAUCCAUGGAUAGGUAAAAUAGGAUCGAGAACGGUGGGUGGAUCAAGUGGUGAGCCUAUUAUGGAUAUUAUGAGGGUGUCAGAUACAGAAUCAUCACCCAUUGAAUGGCUAGAAAAAACUCUAGAUUGGCAGCAUUUUGCUCCAACAGCACCAGAUACUCUAGCAGAGUACCCCUUCGACGAUUCGGAUCCACUCGUGAUGAAGGAUUUUCCUAACAUUUAUUUCGCGGGUAACAUGGACAGAUACGAGACAAAAUUAUUGCAAGGUACGGACAGAUUAACUGAUUCCGUGGGACAACCAAUCAGACUGGUAUGCAUACCAAAAUUUUCGCAAAGUUACUCGGUCGUUCUAGUGGAUUUAGAUUCAUUAGACACUAAGCUUAUAUCAUUUGGCACAGCCUAAUGCACGAAGAAACGUCACUUAUAUGUCGUUUAUACGAUUUUAUAAUUUGUACAUUUAGUUUUCAAGCCCGAGCAAACAUACAAUGUUAAGCGACGGCUGAAUGUUUUCUUUAAAUAAAUAGAUAAUUUAUCUAUUUGCCACAAUCUUGCGCGAUUUGCUUUAAAAUUAUGUAUCUUUUAAUAAUAGCAAUAUAGAUAUUCAUAUAUACUUUGUUAACUUUG